AUGGCCUCUUGGAUUACAGGUUUUACAGCAGAAGUUCCUGUAACUAUCUUUGUUGAAGGUGUUUAUGAUAAACCCACAGAAAGCUGUCGACAAAUUUUAGUACAGAAUAAGCUAUCAACUAUAUGCCUUUCGACUGGGCUAUUUCUUUUUGAAAUAGUUAUUCCAUUGGCGCUUAUUAUGCUGGCGUACAUUGAUGUAUUUCGCGGUAUCAAGACAUCACUUCGAUUCGCCGCGUCUGCUAGAGCUGAACAUAUGAACAGUAUUAAAAGACUGAAGAAAGUCACUAAAGUUGCGGCCAUAACAACAUUUGUGCUGGCAGUUUGCUGGCUGCCAAAUUCUAUUUUAUUCUACUAUUCACUAUUAGUAAAUGAGCCCCUAUACGAUAAACGUAAUCCGUUUGUGAUGUUUGUUGCUUUACUUGUCUUUAGUAACUGUUAUAUCAAUCCUUGUAUUUACGUGUUUUCAAACCCCGAAUUAAGGAAUGCUAUCAGGGACAUGUUUCGUUAG